UAUCAUUGAUGAAUUAGUGUAUUUUAGUUUUGUCUAAUCAAAUGAAAUCUAAUCAUAUACAUUUUCAUAAAGGACCAAUUGUCAUUACUGUCUUCCAGAUUAUAUUCACAGGCGGAUACAGCUCGAAAAUAAUAACAUACUUUUUGUAACUAUAGAUGGCAAAUGUAUAUUUUGUGUUUUGCAUUCUGUGUCCAGCUGCUGGUGUGCUGAUUUUUGUGUUGUGUUAUGUGUUUAUGUUAAUAAAACACAAACUUGAUGAACUGAAGCUCAAGGUUCUAACAGUUUUCAAGAAGAAGGCCAAAGUUUUCUUCAGCAAAGACAGAUAAUUAAUUGUUUAUUAUCUUCUUUACAUAGGACUGUGACAUAGGCAAUUUAGGUCAAAUUAUUGCAGGACUAAAGGAAAAAAAUCUCUCACUAUUCAGCCUGAGAUAUAUAUUUUCAGUUUUGUUGUAAAACACCUACUUCUUGUAUUUAACUCUCUGAAAACCUUUACUUGCAUUAUCUCAAUAGCAUUGUGACCUCAUGAUUAUAACACUUGAACUUUGAUCAUAAAUCCUAUAAUUAGGCUAUGUGUAGCCUACUUCCUAAUUCACAUAUUGAUUGUGGGGCAGGACAAUACAAAGCUGCUAUCAUUAAACCACCUUUUCCCCUCUGAUCGUAGGCUAAUAGCCUCACUGAAUUCGCCAAAAGAGGGCAUUUUCAGCCAACUUAACUGAGCAGACGGACAAUAUAAGCAUUAGGUAAAUAGAAAGCAAGACACUGCUUUACUUUUCCUCUUGAUCAGCAAAACGCAAGAUGUAUAUUGCGAGCGAUCUCCUUAUCUUCUCAUUUGGAUUUACCAUGCUGAAGUUCAUCUCCUGUUACAGCGAUGGUUCAAUAUUGGAUGAUCAGUGUGGUGUAAUUAAGAUUAAUGUUAAUCAUUUUAACAUACCACCACAAACCACUGAAGCCCCUUUCGAGGUAGAUUGGACUGCGGAAGGGAACGAGUCCAGGAAAGUGACGCUUUCGGCUACAUCGGAUCAUUUUAGAGGUUUCAUGUUGGAUCUUCGUAAUUGUGAUGGUAGAUUUAACUUUAGUUUGGUUGCCCAGGACAACAACCACCUCAUCUGUGGCGACCGUGUCAUGACUCAGUCAAAUAACCUAAGGAAAACGUCAGUCAGCGGGUUGUGGACGCCAGAAUCGACAAGACAAUGUUUGUUCAGAGCUGUAUUUAUUAAAGAGUUCAGUAUGUUUUGGGAAAAAGAUUUCACAGUCCCGUCCACAACACCGCCGCCCACAGAUUCACCAACCUAUUCACAUUCACAGUCUACAGGCACACCCACAACACCAGGGACCCCUGAACCCAACAGUGCAAACCCAACUACAAGCCCAUCAAAAUUUACAACAACAUCAAAAAUAAACUCAGUCACACCACCAUCACAUCCUCAGUGUGUGCAAUAUCUGAGAUGUAUUUUAGCACUGUUAUUGUUCAGUCGAAUGUGUUUUCUUCGAGGCUCUUCUCUCCUGAUUAUCAUUAGACCAGAUUUGAAAAAAAUGGCCAUCUUGAAUGCAUCUGUCCUUGAACUAGCAUGCAAAACUGUUGCUGUCAUCCUUGUACUAAUAAAAACAAUUAAAUAUGAGUGCGUGUACAAGUGUGCUGGUGUGCAGACUGUGUUUACCGCUUUGACAGUGGCUGCCAUGGUUUCAAGCCUGCUGCACACCAUCACUGUUUCCCUUCGUUGUGGACCAAGCCAUGAAUUAAGGAAGUAUUGGCUCUAUGCCAUCAUAAUAGUUGACCUAAUGAACACUAUCAUUACAACCACUGCAAUCAUUUUUCGAACGUGGUGCUUUGAAGAACGCUGGCUGCCAAUAUUAAUGGGAGUUUAUGUUGUUUGGGAGAUCAUGCUGUACCUUGGCUUAGUUUGUGUUGAACAGAUGGAAAAAUACCAGACGAGAAAAAAAGUUGGAAAUCAGAAUCAUAAUCUGGACAAGAGGAUAUCCCCAAGGUUUUUUAUGUUUAUAAUCUUUACAGUAUUUCAUGUAAUGUUGACAAUUGCACUUAUGACAGGAGUGUCUUUGGUCAGAAUAAUGAAUUGAAGGACCGUCUGCAGAUUUGUUGGUUAGCGAGUUUGUUAUCUUGGUACCUUUGUAGGGCUGAGAAAUGUGGGUGCAAUUCUUUACAGUCCUUUAAAGAAAUACAUGUGAGUUAAAGAUGGGACAAUGCCUUCAGCAUCAUUACUUUGCCUGCUUUAAAUGUUUUGAGAAUCCCUCCUUUUUUUCCACUGAUAAUGUUGAACGCUAAAGUAAUUGUAUAACUUUCAUCAUCUAAAUAUUCAUGUUAAAUCAUACAUUUUUUGUUCAGUUGAGAAAAACUUUUAGUUUUGAACAAUAAGAAGUUAAAAAAUGAAUUAAAUUGCAGUCAUAUAAGUAAUUUAACUCUGCACAACAUCCUUUAAAUGCUUUUUGUUGCUCUUAUUGGUUCAAAAUAGCAGCGUACUGUAUGCUUCCAGCCUUACACAUUACUUUUUAUUGUUACAUGUAGAUGCAUUUUGAAUGUUACUGCCCAAACAACUUUUAUGUAAUGUUAUGAGUACUGAUUGCUUUAAACAUGUCACCACUGUGCAGCACUCUUCCAAAUGAAUUAUAUUUAUAAGUACAAACCCGAUUCCAAAGAAGUCGGGAUACUGUACAAAUUUCCCUUAAAAUGAUACAUUUUCUCAGUUUAAACAUUUGAUAUGUCAUCUAUGUUGUAUUCUGAAUAAAAUAUUGAAAUUUGAAACUUC